CUUACCCUUCUGUAAGUCUUCACAGACAGCUUGUAAAUAGGAAAAGAGGUAGAAAGUGUUUGCAUACACUGAGGACAGCUGAAACACGAUACAGGCAGCCAGAAGGAAUGAUGCUCUUCAGGAUAACCCAGAAAUUAAGAUAACAAGGGUAAGAGCUGCCUUCUUUACCAUUUCCAUUUGGGAUUACAGAGGAGAAGGGACACACUUCUACCUGACCCUCUUGUAGAGGAAUUGCUUAACGUCAAGAUGGGGAUCCAUUUAUAGAAACUCUGGGCUUUAAGGACUAAAGUCAUCUAAGCAGCAAAUGGAUAUAAUGCCUCUGUCCACCAAGGAGCCCAAAAAGGAUGAAAUAUUAGAUUAUUUGGAGAGAACCUUACAAAUCUCUCAAAGGCUUAUGAAGUAGAGGUCAAGAUUUACAUGGAUGGAUUUUCUUUAAAACAAUUUGAAUAACAACCACACUUGGACUUCUUGCAAGUUUGUACAACGCCUAAAAGCAGCACAUCCUGAGCAACAAUACAACUGUAAGUACACCACACUGAUACCAAUGCACCCUGAGCUGAGCUCAGGAAUAAAAAAGAAGAUUUGAUCUGAAGGCACCAUCUAAUUUGAGUUAUUCUUUCUAAUGUUACCUACUCAGAUGAAAGUGUUUGGUAGCAGGAUAAUAUUGUGUGGAUUUUACUUCUGACAGCGUUGUUCCAUGCUGCUGGCAACACAAAGUGACUGUUACACAAUGAAUGUGCUGACAUUGGCUAUACCUAUUUGGAAAUUCCUUGGGAAGCUGCUAUUCUUUGAACUGUGCAUUCAGCUUAGCAACUUAAACAAAUUAUAUGUUCUAGCAAACUGUCCUGAUGGUUGCAUCUGCACUGCUGAUCUCUUGAGUUGUGCAAACCAGAGCCUUGAACAGGUUCCAGUCACACUGCCUCCCACAACUACUACUCUAGAUCUCAGCCACAACAACAUUGCUUGGAUUAACGGUAACUGGCUGUCUGCCUUACCACGCCUCCAAACCCUACGGAUCAGCCACAAUAAGAUCAACAACAUCUCACGAAAAGUGUUCUACCAUGCCACUGACCUUGCACACUUGGACAUGUCCUCCAACUGCCUGCACAUUGUGGAAGGAUAUUACUUUGAAGGCCUUGUGAACCUGAAAGAACUCUUGCUGUACAAUAACAAGAUCAUACAAGUUGAUGAAAAUGCCUUUGUCAAGCUAACUAGUUUAAGAAAGGUCUAUCUGAGUUGGAACAGGCUAACCAAAUUUCCAUUUGAAUUCAUUCAAAGACUUGAACAUCCUUAUUUGAGGACUCUUGAUCUGUCCACAAACAACCUGAGCACCAUUCCUGUUGAAAUAAUAAGGUCCUUGCCAAGGUACGUUAAAAAUGGCUUAUAUCUUCACAAUAAUCCUGUGAAAUGUGACUGUUCUGUCCAUCAGAUGUUCCAGGAAUGGAAGCACCAUGGUUUCAGUUCUGUGAAAGAUUUCAUAGAGGAACAUACUUGCAAAAUCUAUGCUCAUGAGCCACGGUCAUUACUCAAAACUUUCAAAUACAAUGAGUAUUUUGAUCAUUGUUCUGAGAAUCAGAGGAAAGCAGCUAUUCCAGAAGUGAACUGCAAAGUGGGAGAUUCCUUGAUAAUAGACUGCAACACAGGAUUCCAUGAGGACAAUACCACCACCUACCAGUGGUUCUCUCCCCGUUACGAAUUAUUCAUGUAUUUGAAGCACACUGAUAAGACACAUCAGCUUUUCAAAAAUGGAAGCUUAAAGAUAAUAAAUGCCAAAACUUUGCAUUCUGGAGUUUAUGUAUGCAUAGCUAUCAGUGAGGACCGAAAGAUCAACAGGACACAUAAAGUGAACGUCACCGUCCAGUAUCCCAAGCCAGUGGAGUCCUUCAAUACUGGUCUCACCACUCUCCUGGGAUGUGUUGUGAGCUUGGUCCUGGUUCUGUUAUAUUUGUACAUCACGCCAUGUUACUGUUCAAAGUGCUGCAAGAAGUCUGUAAAACCUCCUCAAGACUGCAGUGCCCAGUCAUCCAUUCUCAGCACCACCCCACCACCCCUCAAUCGCAAGAUCAGUGCAAACAAGCAUGUUGUUUUCCUGGAGCCCAUCAAGGAGAGACAGAAUGGCAAGGUCAAGCUGGCGGUCAGUGAAGACUUUCCAGAUGCUAAAAGCCCUACAUUUCUGCAGCUUAAGUUGGACACUGAAUCCAGCAGUUCAGCCUUUUCUGACCUUCCCUUCACAUCCUACGAGGCAAGAGCACAUUCACCAGCAAAUGGGUAGCAAGCAACUCCCAGAAAGAAUGCAGGAAUAAAGGAGUGAGAGAAAAAACAAGGCAUAUUUAUAAAGAAUUCCUUCAUCAAAACAUGCACAGUUUAAAAAAUGCUCCUUGGAUGAAGGAUAAUUUAUUGAGCUUUCUCCCAUAAAGGAGAGUGAUUUUUUUAUUCCAAUCUGACUGUUUCAUAAACUAUUUACUAUGCACAAGAGAAAUAAUGUCCUUAUCAGAGAAGAGAGUAAACACUCUUUAUACAUCCUAGAUGACUGCAACCCACUCAAUAAUAGAGACAAUAUGAUUGUAGCAAAAGGUACGUUGCUUUUGAAAACUGCUGUGGAAUACAAGUUUGUGACAUAGUUUUAACCCUCAGAGAAUAAACAUUUUCUAUUUAAAAAAACCUUAUGAUUUCAUUUCCAGAAAUGCUUUCAUAACACUAUGUCACAAAAUUUGAAAUGUUUCUGUUCCUGGUUUGAAAGUAUUAUUUCCUGUUUAUUUGUGCAUUACUUACUUUGAAAGUAGUUGUUAUACUCCAGAAACUUCAUUUUGUGGCUGCCACAAACCAUUAUGAAGUGGUUGAGACUGUAUGAGACAUUCAUUGAAAAACAAUAGCAAAAUGAGUUGUUGAAGGCUUUCAUGGCUGGAAUCAGAGUUGUCGUGUGUUUUUUGGGCUGUAUGGCCAUGUUCCAGAAGGAUUGUCUCCUGGAGAGAAUACUUCUGGAACAUGGCCAUACAGCCCGAAAAACACACAACAACCCUAUAGCAAAAUGUGUUGCAAGAUGUCCCACAAAAACAAAGUUUUUGCAGUUUAAUAAACUUUUCCCAUGCUUUUUAUGAUAGAACCAAUUAGGAAAUGAUGUUUAUAACCCAGGAACAAAAACUGUUACAUAGUGUAAUAACUGAUUUGGAAAAUAAAUUCCUGAGUCCAUUCUUUCCAACUUCCAGGCUGUUAAUAAUAACUCACAGCAUAAUUAUAACUCACAGCAUAGUUAAAUACGGAAGCAAUAUCCUCUCUACAGAAGCCAAAAGUCCUGUUCCAGGUAACCACCUCACACCCUGGUGGAUAUUGAUAUCCAGUCAAUCAUGUAAGUGGCAGUGUUAAUCUUUUGCUUGAACUAGCUUUACAGAAUACUGUAUUUCACUGGACACAUUGAACCGCUCCUUAAAAGAACAGAGUUCUGAGUUUCUCUUUUAAGAAGCAUGCUUUUUCAAGAUUGCAUUUUCCAUUGGCAAUCAGAUAGCAGUACAACUAAGAUAAAUUUCUUCUAGCUUGGGACUUCAAUGUUUUUGGACAUUUUUCAAUAUCUUUCAAAAAUGUAAUGCAGAAAAUUAUAUUUUUGAGAAAUGCAAAAUAAUCUCCAUGCUGCCACUACAACAGAAGUAAAUUUGGGGCCAAAGCAGAUGAGUAUGAAUAUAAAGUUAAAAAUGUGAUAGCAUUGGUAUUGAUUUUAAAUGUACAAUUAAAUGCAGUUAAUAUGAAAUUUAAGUACAUUUAUGCACAAUGAAUGUACAAUUAGGUAUAUUAAUUGCAAUUGAUGUAUAUUUAACCUUAAGCAGAUGCAUUUAUUAAAAUGGAUUACAUGAGAACAUAUGUUAGAAACAUAACCAUUCAAACUAGUAUUUAAACCAUUCAAACUUGUCAUUCCUCUCCCCCCUUCUCCUUGCACCAAAACAACUGUAAAUAUCCACAUUCAGGAAUGUAUUAGCCUAUUCAUGCAUUUCAUGUAAUACGAAGCACCUUAUCAUGCAUUGUUCAGCAUGUAUCAUGUAAUGCAGGUUUUAUAUGAACAAUAGCUCUGACUUCUUUCUUCUUGAGAAGAACAGAUUUUCUUGGGAGAACCAAGCUAUUUUGGUAGUACUCCAAUACAUGUAAUGAGAAAUUGUAACCUGGGGCUAGAUGUCCUCUUGAGUUACACUUAAAUAAAAAUCCCUAUUUUUGAGAAAAAAUUUAUUGUGUCAGAAAGUGUAUUUGUCUCACUACAGCAUGGGACAGAGCUGGCUUCCAUUUCAUCUAUGGCCAGGAAAAAAAAUCUAUGCACAAAAUGCAAUUUCAUCCUACAUGAAUCUGCUCAGUUCUGAAGUAGCAGGCAGUCUAGCCUAUUAAAUGUUACAGAUGUCUCUCUUUAUAAAUCCAAAUUGUACCACAAUUUAGAUUUGAUGUGGUGGUUAUGAUCAGGAGGUACGAAGAAAGGAGCGGAAUACACUGUUUAGUGUAAAAGGCAACUGUGAUCCCACAAUAAAAAUGUCAUUGUAUGUGUA